UGGAGAUAAGCCUUUUUUUCUAUUGAGGUCUAUAAGAGGUCUAUAAGGCUUAAUUGAUCGAAUAGAAGUUUCGCAAUGUUUAGUCUGUUAAAAUGUACUGAUUGGAUGCACGUGGAAUUCUGACAACUUUGAGAAAAACGACUUGGUUUUUGCCUGUUGUUCACACGCGUAUCUGCCCUCUCAUCGGCUAGAAUUGUCCCAGCUGGUCGCGCCUGCCUUCGAUCACUGAACACAUUUCCAUUGUUAGAGCGGUCACUCAGCUAUCUUGUCAAUAUAUUACAUUAUCUUCGUUACCAGUCGAACCAGCGGUUGGUAACGGGCUCACUCAGUGUUGGAAAUGCAGCCGCCACUCCCACCAGAUGAAGUCAGGGAGCUGGUGUGUUCCUGUCUUCACAGGGACCCAGUAGCUGCUGACCUGAGAUGCAGCCUGUUUGUUGCUGCUGCUCAGAGCUACAAGAGGGACUCACUGCUCAGACCCUACCCCCCCAGAUACAUCAGAGACACUGACACCAAGGAGUUUGAUGAGCUGCUGUCAGAUGUGAGCAGUUUGCCUGGUGUGAGGGAGCUGGUGAGAUUGAGACCUGGCAAAGCUGACCAUCAUCUGGCCCUCACUCACUGGGUUCUCUUCUCCAAGAGCUUCGCUGUGAAGACACUACAGAAAGACGAGUAUGUCAAGCUCUGUAACCUGACAGAGGCUGAGGGGAUCUCUACGCCGGUCCCAGACUUUCUGUUUGAGCUAGAGUACUGCGACCAGAUGAACGUUAAGUUCGAGAAGACGCGGGCGGGACGCGACCUCUUCUAUGCAUUCCACGGCAGCCGACUGGAGAACUUCCAUUCUAUCAUACACAACGGACUACACUGCCACCUCAACAAGACAUCAUUGUUCGGAGAGGGCACCUACCUCACCAGUGACCUCAGCAUGGCGGUCCUCUACAGUCCCCAUGGCAACGGUUGGCGCGACAGCCUCCUGGGACCGUUGCUAAGCUGUGUCGCCAUGUGUGAGGUCAUUGACCACCCAGACGUCAAGUGCCAGGUAAAGAGGAAAGAUUCGGAGACCAUUGACCGGCAGCGAUCCAGAGCCAGGAACAGUGAAGGAGGAGAGGUCCCUCAGAAGUACUUUGUGGUCACCAACAAUCAGCUGCUCCGAGUCAAAUACCUGCUAGUGUACUCUCAGAGAAGACACCUUUCCAGGUUAGUACCUGCUAGUGUACUCUCAGAGAAGACACCUUUCCAGACAUUCCCAGGGCAGGUCAUGGCUGGUCAGACAUCACUUUGCCAUUAUGAUGAGUCUCUACCUACUGCUUCUCAUCUUCAUCGGUACCUUCAACUCCACCACAUUCCUCUCCUUCUGGAACCGGCUAUUCCGGUGACGUCAUGGUGCUUUUCCACUUCAGCCCAAGAUGGUCCAGCCUGAGGCUUCCUAUGGGCUUAAACCCUGGUGUUUUACUAUGGAAAUAGUUUCCUUU